AUGGUGCUUGUAAAUGUCAAAUGGGGUCGUGAGAAGUACGAAGUCGACCUCAACAUUGAUGAAUCUCCACUUUUGUUCAAAUCUCAACUGUUUGCCCUGACCAAUGUUUUGCCGGACCGUCAGAAGCUCUUGGCUAAGGUUUCAUUGAAAAUGUUGAUAUUGUAAAAAAGUGAAACUUUCAGGGACGCACAAUCGGUGACGAAAGCUGGGAGGGCCUUACCGUAACUCCCGGCAUGAUGUUCAUGAUGAUGGGGAGGUUCGUUUCGUUACAUUCAUUUUGGAUAAGUUUUUUAUUUUCAAACUUUUCAGUUCUGCCCCGAUUCCGCAAGCACCGGUGCCCGGAGGCUUUGACAAAGACGACCAUCCUUUGGAACCUCGAAAGGCUGUGAUUUUACCACUUGGUCUCGGAAAUCUUGGUAACACAUGCUACUUCAACUCUGUUCUUCAAAUGCUUCAGGUACGGCUUUUUGAUAUAACUCAAAGCUUUCAAAUAUGAGAAUAGUUUACUGUUUCAUGAAAAAAAUGGUCUACCCUGUCCUACUUUGAGUACUAAAUUACUUUUGAACCCAUAUACAAUCAAAAAAAUUCAUUACCAAGUUUUUUUCAUAAAUUAAAUCAACGCCACAUUUUUCCAAUAUUUGAAUGAGUUUUGAUCCUGCAGGUUGUUCCGGAGGUUCAUUCAACGUUGAAGGCAACCAAACAUCCCCGAAUUUCGCUUCUAAGCGAAAUGAGCAAAACGUUCACGAUCAUCAACGAUCCAGAAUAUGCUGAAGACAACACCCACGUCCAGCCAUUUGUUCUUCUUGAAGUUUGAAUCAAAUAGAGGCCUGACAAGUUUGAAUGGUUUCAGACUCUGCGCACCCAUUUCCCACAGUUUGGAAGUGUUUCUGCAAGUGGCACUAUGGAGCAGCAAGACGCCAACGAAUGUUACACCGUUCUUUUGAACACCGUGCUUGCUUCGACCGAUAGGAACACUGGUAAAUUGAUCGAUUCCCGUUUGGCUUGUACUAUAGCUUAUGAAAGAACCUUCCACAGAAGAAGUAGAAAAAGUUUCGUUUAAAAACUUGUUGAAAAGUGUUUCAGGACACCCUGAUCACCCGAGGAAAUAAAAUUAUAUAACUUAAAUUAGCAAAUUUUUCCAGAAUCGAGAGACAAUGCAAGAAAAUACUUCGGGGGGAGGUUCGAAGUCAAAACCAAGUGCAUCGAAUCUGAAGAAGAAGAAGUUACAACAUCCUCAGAAACAUUCUACCAAGUGAGAUUCCAGAAGAAAAAAACAUCUUGCAAAAUCCAAUGUUCAGUUAUCUUGCUUCUUGAACCAAGAUGUCAAAUACAUCCAGACCGGGAUCAAGUGUGGAAUGAAAGAAGAAAUCGAGAAGUACAGCAACGUUCUCGGACGCAACAGCAAAUGGUUGAAAGAGGUUCUCCCAAUGAAAAGAAAAAAAAGUACAGAAACGUGUAGGAAUUGAUUGCACGUCUUCCGAAGUACGUCUCGAUCCAACUUGUUCGCUUUUUCUACAAAGAAAACUCUCAGGUUUUUCUAAUAGCUUUACAAAAAAUGACAAUUUUGUUAAAGACCAGUGCGAAGGUUCUGAAAGAUGUCAAGUUCCCGAUGAUGCUCGACUUGUACGACGUCUGCACUCCAGAACUUCAGGCUAAGCUUCAGCCCAUGCGCGCUUGCAUCAAGGUUCAUAGAAGUUUGAAAAUUUUCUGAAAAUCAAGUUUUCAGGAAGAAGAAGAUGCGAAAAUUGAAAUCGAGCAGAAGAAAAAGCUGAUGGACAAAGAUGAAGCAAAAGUAAACGUUUGCGAGAUCAAAUAAAAAAAUCAUUAAAUGAAAACUAAAGAGCUAUGUUCGUAUUUUGAUCACAAUUUCAAAGAAAUUCUCAAAAAGAACAACAUUAUGUCGAAUUUCGAAAUUAUUCGCGUCGAAAAAAUCUUGAGCCUAACCUCACAAAAUUUCUUUGAAACUGUGAUCAAAAUACGAACUUUUGGUUUACGGUUUUGAAAAGACUUCUCCCUAAAAACGUUGAAAAAAUUCUAGUUUUCUCUUUUUUUUUUGAUGACGUAAAGAUCCGUUAGAUAAGUGAGAAAAAUUCUCUUUUCCAGAAAUUCAAAGACAACGGCGAAGUUCUGCCAAGCGAGUUCGAAGAUGACAUUGGCAGCAACAACUCCGGAUUCUACGAACUCCAGGUGACGAUUAAAAUUUUUUUACAACAAAUGAAUUUUUGUAGGCGGUCGUAUCUCACAAAGGACGAACUGUGAAGUCAGGUCACUACGUGGCUUGGAUCAAGUCGGAAGGAAAAUGGCUUCUUUGCGAUGAUGAGAACGUCACGCCUGUGGAUGCGGAAAACGUUGGUUAUUUUUUGAGGCCUUCGAUGUAGAAAAUUUUGACUUGAGUUUGAAACUGGAUUGGGAAAAUGAUUUAAAAAUGAUUUAAACUGCUCAUGCUAAAAGUUAAAGCUUCAAGUUUUAAACUACUUGAAUGUGGAGCCGAUUCACGUCUAGCUUGGGGGCGUGUCCUGUCUGCGCUUUUUACCAACCAGGCACUGUCUCCUUUAUUAUCGUGUCGAGACCCAUUUUUUGAUUGCUCAAGCCAGUAUAUCAUCAAAAAACUAUAAAUUUUGAGUCGCUAUCUUUUAAAAUUUUUCAUGAGGCUCAAAACAGAUUGAUAAGAAAUAUUGAAAAAUCUGCUUCACAUAAGCAAAAAAAAACUGCUAUAAUGAAUAUUCCAGGUCCUGAAAACCUCCGGGGGUGGAGAUUGGCACACGGCCUACAUUCUUCUCUACGGAGCGCGUCAGGUCAAGAAGUAUCCUGCUCCAGCGGCCGAACCGGAGCCCAUGAACUGA